AUGGCAGAUGAAUUUCAGAUAGGAAGUGGAGGAAAUUGGUGGGAUACGUCAAGAAACAGAUUUGAAACUGGAUCGUCAGAACAAAAAUCUACUGCUUUAAAUAGCGUAUCAAGCUUUGGAUGGACGAACGAAAUGGUGGAUGACAAAGCAAGGUCUUCUAUGGAUACCACCGGGACAGUUCCCGGUAGCUCCAUGAUGUUGCAAGGGCACGAUCAAUCUUCUGGUGGCGGCUUAUUAGUCGACACAAAUAUGCAUAUGAUGGCUUUAGGCCUUUCUUCUCAAGCCAUGGAUUGGAACCAGUCCAUAUUUCAUGGAGGUGAAAAAGCGGAGAGCAGUUUUCGUUCUAUGCUUCAAGAAAAUUUGAGUAAUUCAAAUAGCAAUUUUCAGCAAGAAACUGGGACAGCAUCUUCUCAAGAUCAGUGGAGGGAGAAAAUAUAUUCUGCAAGUUCUGAGGAUUCUAAUGUGAAUGAAUACAAGCAAAUCAACCGGGUUUUUCCGUUAGAUAAUACCUCGGAUGAAAGCCAGCAGGGUUUAACCACCAGUUUUCCGGUGGAUUCCGCUGCCGCCUACGGCCUUCUACUAUCUGAAAAUCAACCACAGCAUACUACAUAUGAGAACAGGCCCAUGAAUUACCAUUAUCCAACGAACUACGGAUCGAACACAGGAGAAUGGACGCCUUCUUGGAACAAAAUUCCUCAGACAUUCUUAAGAACAACAGUACCUCCAAAACAGCCUUCUGCUAAUAUACAUUUCACCAAUAAAACUCCCUUCUGGAAUGCACCGGGAACCGAUGAUGUUCGACCAAACUUCUUUUCCUCGUUGCCAACGCCACUUCCUAUGCCGGCCUUGGAUGAAAAACCAAAGAUUACAUCAGAAGUUCGGGAUUUGAGUACAACAGCAAAGAAAACUAACACUGAAUCAUCAAAUAAAAGACUCCGGAAUGAAACGCCAACACCUUUGCCAGCUUUUAAGGUGAGAAAAGAGAAGAUGGGAGACAGAAUCACUGCACUUCAACAAUUAGUUUCACCUUUUGGAAAGACUGAUACGGCUUCCGUGCUUUCUGAAGCUAUCGAAUACAUAAAAUUUCUACAUGAUCAAAUCGGCACUUUAAGUGCCCCAUACAUGAAAAGUGUUACUCCAAUACAACCCCAGCAGAAUUCUGAUAAAUCAAAGGCUCCUGAUCAAGGACCGCGACAAGAUCUUAGAAGUCGAGGGCUAUGUUUAGUACCGGUUUCAUGCACUUAUCCGGUUGCUCAUGAUACGACGGUCGAUUUUUGGACCCCGACAUACGGAGGAACUUUCAGAUAA